AACGAGAAGAGGGUAGAAGAAGCGAAGUGGGUCAGUUGGUUGAAAAGCGAAAUAUGUACGCACAGCAAGAACAAAAUUCAAGGCUAAAAGAGGUGCGCUACUUCACAUAAAUGCUGAGAGUUUUUGUGAUGGAAUCUAUGAGUGAAUGGAGAGCUGUUUACCUCGGUGAGAGUGGAUGUUGGAUCGUAAUGUGGAGAAGUGAAGUGUUAAUAUGAAAGCACUUCUUUGAAACUCUGCGCUGAAGCGAAUUUUCUGCUAUAACUCUGUAUGCGCAGUGGUGUAUUUCACGAAAGAAGCAUUUAAAUAUAUCUACAUUGAAAUCUUAAACUUUCAAAAAUAGACAAACAGAUUUUAAUGCUCCAAAACGCGCAAAUCCAUUUUAGAGAUUAUUGAAAAACAAAAAGUUAAUAAUCCGGUGUUGAAAAAUGUGUAAAAAACGUGUUGUAGCAGCAUUUCUGCUGCUAUUACUGGCUGUACUGGGCAGUUAUACAACACUGGGGGAACAACAUCCAGCGACGGCGGAUGAAGGACCUCUUUCAGAGGUGCAAACAGCUGUGGGUCUGGAAGUGGCGCUACCGUGUGACCUAAUGCCUGGCACAAUGAUUGCUGAUAAGGUGCAAUUGGUCAUCUGGUAUCGGCAGGGCAACGUCAAGCCGAUUUAUACUUUCGACGCCCGCGGCCGCUCGCUACACCAGGCCAUACCCUGGGCAGAUGAGAAUGUCUUCAAGAACAAAGCACACUUUUACUAUGACACCAACCCGCCAGCGCUGCGUAUAAAAAACAUACAAACAAGCGAUGCGGGACUGUAUAAGUGUCGCGUGGACUUUCAUAAAUCACCGACGCGCAAUUGGCGCAUUAAUGUAACAGUUUUAGUGCCGCCCACUCAAUUGACGAUACUGGAUCACCAUGGCGCUGCGAUACGCGACCAAAUGGCCGGCCCCUACUUGGAGGGUGACAGCAUUAAUCUGACGUGCCUGUCCAGCGGUGGUGUGCCGCCGCCACGCGUCUCCUGGUGGCGGGAACAUGCGCUCGUCGACGAUUCAUUCCAUGUGCUGCCAGAUGGCACUGUUCGUAAUGUUCUACACUUGAAAAAUAUUGCACGUAAAGAUUUACUAACGGUUUACACGUGUCAGGCAAGCAAUGGUCAUGUUGUGGCAGCUCUGACGAAAAAGGUUGUGCUGGACAUGAACUUGCCACCACUAAGUUUGCUGCUGCAGGGUCUCAAUCAUGCGCUCAUCGCUGGCACGCGCACUCACGUAACCUGCACAGCUGUGGGUGCACGACCAGCACCUCAAAUUAUCUGGACAAAAUCGGGGCAGGUGCUCAAGGGAUCUACACAAUCGACUUCCAGCGAUGGCAACACCACCGUCUCCGAGCUGAUGCUUAUACCAGUGCCCGAGGAUAACGAACGUCAAGUAGUCUGCUCCAUUUCAUUAAAUCCAUCUAUAACGUCACAGCAGUUGCACGAGGGCGAUACGACAGUGUUGACGGCACUAAGCAAUGACAACAUGGGAUUGUAUUUGAAGGAUUCGCGCGUGCUGAAUGUGACGCACGCACCCAUUGUUUCACUACGCCUAGGCGCUCCUUUGGAUCCGAAUAACCUGCUGAAGGGCUCUGACGUCUACUUGGAAUGCGAUGUAAAGGCGAAUCCGGGCAUAACACGGGUCGAGUGGUAUCACAAUGACAAACAACUCCAUCUCUCGCGCGGCGUUAUAAUCUCCAAUCAAACGCUUGUACUGCAAGGCAUCUCAAAAAUUUCACAUGGACAAUAUUUUUGCCGUGCCACCAACAUACAAGGCAGUGUGUCCAGCAACGAAGUUUAUUUGGAUGUGAAGUAUCCGCCCGUAUGCAAAGCCGAGUCCACCACCAUACGCGCCGCCCUCAAACAGACCAUCAACAUUACGUGCCAAGUGGACUCGAAUCCACUUGAUAAUCUAAAUUACAGAUGGCAUUUCAACAAUUCACUAGAGAGGCUCAUUGAAUUGCCCGCUACAUUGUCGACGGCGCCUGCCACAAUGCCGGUACGGAUGUAUCCGGACGGGGCAGCAGCUGUGGCGGCUGUAGGUCACACAUCCGGCGGAUAUUAUCAGCGUAGCAAGCGGAAACAUGGUCAUGCACAAAAAUUUCUACUCGGUCGGCAUGGACGUGUUGCGGCGGCCACCAGUGUUGUGGGCGGUGGCAGCAGCGGUAGCGCGUGGGCGAAUAUACGCUUCGAAGAUACCGACGAACCACUAUCGCCCACUCAAUAUGUCGACGAGUACGAUGAUGGUGAAUUUAUAGACAACAACGAGCAUGACGAGCAAGCAGAGGCGGGGGAUGAGCAGGUGGCGUAUAAAGACCAAGGUGGGCCGCGUGCACAAAUGGUCUAUUCGAAUAUGAUUUAUAAAAAUCAUUUGGACAACCGGCAACAACAACAACAAUCACCACAUACACAUCAGCAACAACAAUUGUCAGGGCAUCAGCAGCAAGGGCGUAUGGCUGGCGGUGGUGGUGGCAUUGCUGGCGCUGCUACUGGGCACGAUAUGCUCCCUCAUGGCAAUCAAUUGCAGUUAGCCGAGCGCAAGCGGCUGACGGCGGCGUUACAUAAAAAACAACAUCAUCGCCCAUUGGCUGCUGCGACUAUGACCACUCAGUCACCACCGGCGCCACCGCUCAACAAUGUCUACAACUACCACAUAGAUUCGUACGAUAGCUUUGGCGCAAUCUCGUGCGUUGCCAGCAAUGCCAUGGGCCACAGUGAGCCCUGCUGGUAUCACAUACAGCCUGCAGACUUUCCCAAUCCGGUAAAGAACUGCACCGCCUAUAACGCCACGGCCAACUCCAUUCAAAUCCAGUGCAUCGCCGGCUAUGAUGGUGGCAUACCACAGCACUUCCACGUCCAAAUCAAAGACGAGCUUACCAAUCAAAUACUGUACAACACAUCCUACAAGUAUGCUGAGUUUACCGUGAAGCGGCUGCCCAGCGAUUCAGUCUUUGUCAUACGCAUUACCGCAGUGAACGCACAAGGACCCAGCAAAUCGGCAUUUCGUGUGCGCGGGCGUACCCUGUCCGCUCCACUCUUGCGCACGGCUUCUUCUACAGCGGUAUUGGUACAACUCACCCCACUACUGGGUGCACUUUUAGGCAUAGUCGGCACAGUGGUGUUGAUUGCCAUCUGUAUAGUCAUCUUUCUACGCGUGCGUCCGAAGACAACGCGACGUCCUAAUGGCGAUACAACCACAACGGAGGCGGAUAAGGGUAGCGCUGAGCCGCUAUCACGCAAUAUGGGCAGUCAUUCUAGUCUGGAAGAUAAAAAUCCCGAUGUGGUGCCACAGGAAACGAAUAGCGAAGAUGAAUUUCAUUUGGAGGAGAAGGCGUUCGAUCGUUUGAAUAUCGAGUCGCAACGCAUUCUCUAUACGCCACCGACGCGGAUUAAUACGGCAUCACCGCCACCGCCAUCGUUGUCUCCAACAUUUGGCAAGCAGUAUGGCGAACUUUCGCUCACCACCAACCCCGCCUUCAGCCUCUACAAUACGCCACAACGCGCGCCCGCCGCCCAAAGGCCCGUCUACACUGCACCACCGCCACUACUCUCCACACGCACACCACCCAACAUCUAUACACGCAUACCCGGUCGCUCUUACCUGCCAGCCUACGAAACGCGCACCUCCCCCACCUCACCAUACGGUUCGACAACCACCUGCACUAUUCCAUUAUUGAGCGGUCAAUCGAACGGUUCUUUGCAAACGAAUAGCAGCACUUUGGGCAGCAGUUCUGGUGGUGGCAUCGGUGCCGGUGGCGGCAGUCUCACUAGCAACGCCAGCAGUGGCGUACAUUGUAAUACAUUACCACAUCCAGGCGCUUUACAACAUCACGCCUCAGCGGCAGCGGCAGCCGCAGCAGUUGCGUCAAUGACAACAAAUGGCAUACCCACGGCGCUCACCUCAUCGAUGACAUCGGGGAAUAUUAGUCUUGCUGCAACACAAUCGCUGCUUACCUCACCGCGUGCGCACAAUGCUGCUGCCGCCGCCGUAGGUGCGCUAUCGCUGAGUAGCAUGGGGAUGGGCAUGGGUGUGGGCGUGGGAUCUACGCAAAUGUCGACGGCCACAACGACGGCAAGCGGCGCUCCGCUGCUCAAUUCAUCGUCUGCGUUGCUGGGUAGUGGCAAUUACGAGACUGUGGGCUCCUGAGAAUUACCGAAAGAUGACAUUAAAUGUCAGUUUGUAUGCAUUGGAGGUAGUAGCACGUGUACAAGCAACGCGGAGCGCACCACAAUCGUCUAGUGUGACGGUGGUGCCCACAUAGGAAGCGAGUGGAGAACGAAGAGGCAUAUAUGCCGAUGUUGGGGCAUCGUGUAAAUUAACUGUAAUUUAAAUAUUUAACAACUAAGCAACAAAAAGUUAAUUUUGUGAGAACAGAAAAGUGAAUGUGAGUUUUUUGACUGAGUUGAAACCUUACAUUUUUUAGUGAAAAUAAGUUAUAUUUUGAAGCUAGAAAAAUGUGCAGCAAUUUUUUCUAUGAGAAAUAUGAGCCAAGCACUUGGUUUUGGGUGAACUCGAAUUGACACUUUUUACCUCAAUUGCCUUUUUAUUGCAGUUCUUCAUGUAUUUUUAACAAAUUUAACAAAAAAGUGCGUGUAUCGUAGUAAACAUAACAGUAGUGAAACUUUCAAGGCAGGCAAAGAAAGAAGGAGAGACCCGAGAGAGAAUUAGAGAGAGAGAAAGAAAGAAUCUAUAUCUAAAUAAAUUCACAACAUUUGCAGAGAAUACAAAUAGACAAAAUUUACAAAAAACGGAGAAGGUUCGACCGGUGUAGGUAUACGCCGGACACAAACCGUGGCAACAACGCGCACUACUCCGAGCGUUUAUCACCCGCACAAACGCAGCGAUUCCAGGACCGCAGCGACGGCACAAAUUACCGCAAGGCAAUACAAAUAAAUCCGACGCCGGAAUGGAUAGCACUUUAUAGUACGCACAAGUACUAGCCAGGAAACGGAAAUAAGCGCCAAAAAGUAGGCACCAAAAACAAAACGCCAAAAAAAUUGGGACCCCAAACAAGGCUCCAAGGAAAUAUAACGCCAAAAAGUAGGCGCCAAAAAUAUAUUUCCUACAAGUUUGCACCAACAAAUAAGCGCCAAAAGGUAGGCAGUGUUAUUUCUCACUAGAAAUUCGCAACCACAAGGAAAAAUAGCCUAAAGUGUAUCUAAGAUAUAUAUUAGGUAUAGCUCUUUCUCUCAUUUUCCUUAAUAUUAUAUCUUUUUUCUCUCUCGCGGAACCAUCGACACCUAAGAAGUUUCACUUCAAAAAGUGCAACACAAUUUUAUUUCGCACUUUGGCGCUCCAAUAAGAUUUCUCCCAAGCGCACAUAUAAACGACUAUACAUAUAAUUUUAGUACAAUCGUCUGUGGAAAUUUCUAAUUUAUAAGACAAUUUUGCAAGUGAAUAAAAAAAUUAUAAGACUUCCAAUAAAAUAAAUAGUUAAGAACUGGUAGAACUAUUACGUGUUGUAUGAAUGUAUUGUACAAUAAUUCGUAUGCGAUAAACAAAGGGUGUGCUGAGAUUUUCCAAUAAAAGAUAUGCAUGAAGUUGUACGCCACUUUCUUUGGAUCCUGAUUUGCAGUUGGCACAAGGAAAAAGGAAGCAAACGAUGUGGCAAACGAUUGACAUGCGAUGCUGCUCUAAGCAUUUCAGCAUAAGACCCGCAUAUGUCAAAGAGAGAAGUGAAGAAAAGAGUGCAUUAAUGUAUUUAAAUUGAUAAAUUAGACGUGUAGUAGGAAUUAGUAAGAAAUUUACUUUAAGACUAACUUAGUUAACCACACAGGUCUAUCUGAUUUCAGCUUGAGGGAGUAAAUUUGAAACAAAAAAACACAAAAAUUCAGAUUUUGAUCAAUACUUUUUUUAUUAUAAUUUAACACUUUAUCAUUAUUUGUCAAUACUAAGAGAUUAUGUCGCUGCAGAAAUUUCUAUUUUCUUACAUUUUGUUUUCUAAAGUUACCCAAAUAAUUUAAAAAUUAGAUAUUUAUAGUAUCAGUGUAGUAAAAAUGUAUAAAUAAUUGGGUAAGGCUUUCUCAAGUGGGCCUCAAAAUUACCAAAGUGAAUAUUUUGCGAUGAAAUUCAGCCAGGACUGAGUUCUAUCAACCAGAAACACUCUCAGAAAAUUUUGUUGUAAAAUUCUAAAUAGUUUUUUUUUAUUAACUAUCGAAGUUUUUUGCAGCGCUUGAAUAAUUAUCACAUUUCUCGUAAAGUAAGUAUCCGAUUACAACGAUUUUUCAACUGCACUCUGAUACAGGAUGAUAUUUUCCAAAAACGUUAUUUUUGUUCCGAAACUUGAUGUUUUGUUGUUGUAAAUAUUUUUUUUUAAUAAACAAUUAAAAAUUUAACUAAUUUCUGCGCCUCUGGGAUGAAAAUUUUUGAAGGAUAUUAACGUAAUAAACAUCUGUGCAUUUAUGUAUGGAAAA